ACCAAUAAUUUGAUUUUCGGGCGCAGGUUGCGGAAUCACGAAUUUCAAUGAACAACAAUGCCACAUACGAGGCAACGGGCGAAGCAAUAUGCAUUGGUUGCUUCAAUGGUUGCCUCGUUUGUAGUCAGCAUAAGGAAUUUGAAAAAGAAAACAAAUUCCUUUAGUGGGGACUGAAGGAAUUCAUUACCAAUUGCAAUUUCAGAGAAAUGUAAUUGAAUAACGGACAACAGUUAAAAAUUUACACUGAUGUGUCAAACGCUGACAAACCUUAAACAACUUAUUAAAUUUUAAAAGAAACAUAUGAAUCUCUGACUAAACUAGAAACUUCCUCGUCAUUUAAUCAAUUUUUUAAGCGGUCACCCCUGACACGCUAUGACAAACGUCAGAGUGUACAACUCACAGAAAAUUUAGGUAGAUUCGCAUGGAAAUAUCUCCAAUUAUUGCAAUUAUUUUUUGUAUUAAUUGUGUCGAAUCUGUACGAGCCCAAGCAGUUAUAUUUUUGGACCGGCUUUUUGAAUUGUACCUCUUUUGAAACCAUUUGCCUUUCGGAUGUGGUCUCAAAUUAUAGCUCCCUUCAUUUGUGUUAGAACCAGAUCACAAAUUUAAAUAAAAGUUCGACUAAACCUUUAAGAAAUACUCUUGUUUUUAAAGUUUAAAUUUAAGCUCCACUACCAUUUGGCCGCGGAUGAAGUAUUUAAGUUUGGUUUUGCAAGAGUUCUUUGUGUUGUCGUGUCACAUUGUUAAUGAACAAUUUUAGGAACGAGAUAAUUUACUUACCCAAAUAUCUUGUUGCUCUUUUACUUUACCUCUAGAUUACACUCGAGAUUUACGGCAUGACCGCCCAGCGUGAAGUUUUGCCACACGAGGUGAAAUAUCAUAUAAAUCUUAAUAAAAAAUCUGGUAUCAAAACGCCUAAAAAGAAAGGCAGUGAAAACCGUUUAGUUAUGCCUCCUGUACAAAGUCCAGCUGGGCCGAAUGUCGUGCGUACUCCUGCCUUAGUGCAGUAUGGCUUUGCUAUAUUUUCCUUACGCGAGAUACAACGCACAUCUUGGACACUAACACAGGUUCUCGGGGUUAGCCCUCUAGAAGGCGUAGUGCAUAUGAAAGCGAACUGUGAAUUAUCGGUUUUGGUCGAACAUCACGGCUUUCUAACCAUGUUCGAAGACAUGUCUGGAUUUGGUGCCUGGCAUCGUCGCUGGUGCUAUUUGAAUGGAAGCGUACUUAAUUAUUGGAAGUAUCCCGAUGAUGAGCGCAAAAAGGCGCCUAUCGGCUCAAUUGAUCUGUACGCUUGUCGCACGCAGAAAGUAACUGUUGCACCACGUGAUAUAUGCGCACGCCUUAACACUAUGUUGCUUGAGUUUGAGAGACCGGCGAGAGAGAAUGAUGAGGAGUCGCUAAUUAUCAUUCCAAAUGGGCGGACUACAAUCGUGCGAUACCUUCUUUCAGCUGAUACGAAAGAGGAACGGGAACUAUGGUGUGCGUAUUUCAAUAAAGUUUUACUCUUGCUGCGAGCUUGGGGAUCACCACAAUAACUAAUGAGUUUUGGAAACUUGAAAAGAAAACAGCUCUUUCGGUUAGGUGUUUCGGGGAAAAAUGAGAGAUACCUACAUACAUAUGUAUGUAUACAGUUAUUUCUCAGCUUCAUCUUAUCUUUCAUUAUACCAUUCAACAUAUCAUUUUGCUUUUGAGAAAACACCUGUUUCUAAUUUCCACGGUAAUAAUGC